AUGGAGGUGCCAUCACCCGCCGACGUCAAGCUGGUGCUGCCGCGAGUCUUCUCGGAGACCAAGAGCGUCGAGAAGGGGCUGUCACCAGCCAAGCUCAAUGACGCCACCAAGACACCGCGCUCGAGCAAUGCUGCAAAAAUCGACGACGUACGCUUGAGCUCGGAAAAGUCGAGCGAGGUGAGCCCCGCGCGCCCCGUCGGCCAUUUGCCCGAGAACAGCCCACCGCGCCGGUUUUCAGUCACGCGCGGCGACCCGCUACGGGCUGCGAUACUCACGCACGACGAAUUCGAACGGCCCAGUCGCAAGUUCGAGCCAACUCCAGCGGCUGCCGUCCGUCCCGUUGGCGUCCUCAGUGAGAAGAGUCCUGUCAAGGAUCCGAGUCCGAAGCGCAAGCCACCAACACACCUGCAGCACCUUGAUCCUUCGGGGGAUACAUUGCCCACCAAAGACGGACUUGGCCUCUUGGAACUGGCAGCGAAACGCCAGAGCACGCGCAAUCUGAUGCGAACCAAGACGGACGACGACGGAGACAGCAACGAGCGUCACACACUCAGCCACUUGAGACCACUCACGUCGGUCCCACCGCUGCAACUCCAUGGCCGCAUGAGCGCGUCGCCGUCGCGGCACAAGCUGGAGCUCCAGCAGCGCCUCACCGACAUUGAGCACUGCCAGCUGCCCGUUCUUCCCUCCUCACCCGAGUCAAGCGCCUUUGACGAGAAGCGGCUCUCGGAGAUGAGUCCGAGUGAGUACGCCGAGUCUUGUGCGGCAUUGGGUCUGCCCGAUCUCCGACGCCACCACGCCAAGCUCUUCAAGCUCGUGCGGCAGUACCAGACACUCUUCUCGGUCGCGAGCUCGAUUUCCGUCGAGAUUGACUCGGGCGAAGCGCUCUCGCGCAUCAUUGAAGGCACGUACGAAGUGCUUGAAGUCGAUCACGUCGCGCUCUUCCUCAUCAACCACAAGAAAGAGACGUUGCACAUGUGCGUCUCGCGCUCGUCGCGCAGCACCGAGGGUCUUGGCGACCCGCGCUGUGAUAUGGACACGGACAAGUACCUCGUCGACGGAAGCCUCGCGCGCAAUCUGCUCUGCGUGCCGAUCCUGGACCCGUCCAAAGUGCCCGUCGCCGUCCUUCGCUGCGCCAACAAGGCGGCAGACUUUACGCCAAGCGACUGCAUGAGCCUCGAGCUCAUCGCGUCCAUUGCAGGACAUACGCUGCACAAGCUCGAGCUGUACGAAGUCGCGAUGCUCGCGGGACGCAAAAGCGUCGGCGAUGCUCGAGGCAAUGACCUGAAUGGGAUGGUCCACAAGAUUAUCGACGUGGCGAAGACAGCGCUGCACUGCGACAAGGUGUCGCUCUUCCUUUGUCACCGCGAGAAGCGCGAGCUUGUGUGCUGCGUCUCGUACGAUCCGGUGCUUCGACGCAUGGUCAUCCCAUACGGCGUCGGCAUCGCUGGCUACGUGGCGGGCACGGGACAAGUGCUGCGCAUUGACAACUGCUACGACGACCCGCGCUUCAACGCCGCGACGGACCGCAAGAUGGACUACAAGACGAUUUCGGCGCUCUGCGCACCGGUGAUUACGCACGACAACGACAUGGUCGCCGUCAUCCAAGCCAUCAACAAGCUCACGGUGCCGUCCACCGAGCACCCGCCGGCCUUGGACACGAUUGUUCCGUUCCAAGACGCCGACGUGCAGAUGCUAACGGCGUUCUGCGACGAAAUUGCAUCGUCGCUGCGGCGGUCGGCGCUGGAGACUGCGUACCACCAAGUGCUCCAAGGCGUCAAUCACAUGAAGCGGCGCGACUCGCUCACACUCGUAGUCUCGUCCCUUCUCUCGUCGUACUCGCAGCCGGCGGCGCCUGCGCGCUCUUCCAAGCGCUACUGGUUCAUUUACGCGUUUCGCGCCGUGGGCAAGUUCAUGCGGCGCCUCAAGCGACACCGCGGCGUGCUGACGUGGAUCGGAAACGACCAAGCACCCGCGCUUCUGAUGAAGUGCACGCUGCGCGCUCAUUGGGACAGCGCUCAAGUCGGAUUUGACGAUUUUUCGUUCAACAUCUUUACGUGCCCAUACGACCAGCUGCGCCACCUCUGCGUCGAAGCCUUUCGAGUCAUCGGUGUGUUUGAGACCUUCUCCGUGCCGCCGGACGUUGGCCUCGCAUUCGUAACGCGCGUCCAAGACGGGUACCUCGACAACCCGUACCACUCGUGGUGGCAUGGCGUCGACGUCUUCCAGCGCUGCUUUGCGCUACUGAGUCGCUCGUCGCUUCUGUCACUUUUGCAGCCGAUGCACGUGUUUGCUCUCUUGCUCUCGGCGCUCACACACGAUGUGGGCCACCCGGGCACGGACAAUGGCUUCGAGUCCGCGACCUUGUCGCCGCUCGCCGUGCGCUACAAUGACACAUCGGUGCUCGAGCAGCACCACGCCGCCGAGACCUUUCGCAUCCUCGGUGACCCCGAUUGCAACAUUACAGUCGGCUUGUGCCGCAUCGCGUUCCAGUCGCUGCGCAAAUUUGUCAUUGACGCGAUCCUGCAGACCGACAUGAAGGCCCACUUUGACCUUGUCCACGCGCUCGAAGACGCGCACAACCGCGAGCUCAAGCAAAUGCCGGCCUUCGAUAUCGGCGACGUGCUGCACGUCAAGCACCUUCUCGGAAGCGUCUUGCAUGCGGCCGACAUUGGCGCGCAGAUGUACCCGGUCGACGUCGCGUGGGAGUGGUCGCGCCGGCUCGUCGAGGAGUUUGCAUCGUUGGCAGCGAAAGAACGCAGCGCGGGGAUCCCCGUCGCCGUUUUCCGUGCAUGCUUGGAGACGGACAAGGACAUUGCAACGCUGCAGCUCAAUUUUAUCAACUACAUCGUCACGCCGCUCUGGACUCUGCUCAUGGAGCUCUUUCCCGCCGCCAAGGUGCUCAAGGCCAACCUCGACUGCAACCGCAUGUACUUUCAGCACGAUGUCGCCAACACCGACGUCCACCAAGACAAGGGCCACCGCCGAUCGCUCUGCGCGACACCAACGCUAUCGCUAGUUCCGACCACGCGCUUUGCCAAGCGGAGCGCGACGACCCACUUUACCGAGCAAGCGUGCCACGUCAUCACCGAGACGCUAAUACAACCGACGACGUCCGACGACAAGCGCAAUUAA